AUGUCAACCCCCCUCAAACUCCGCUCCCUCUACCGCUCCUUCCUCCGUGAACUCCCCUCCCGGCCCCUCACAGACAAACCCUCACCACUCAAACCCCGCAUUCGCAGCACGAUCGCCGCCCCCGAGUCCAGGAUCCCAAUCGAGCAGGCGGAGCAGUAUCUGCAGUACGUCAAGGCACAAAGGAUGUAUGCCACGUUACUGGAGAGGUAUAAUCCUGGUGUGAAUAUGGAGGAUGAGGAGAGGGUGCGAUUGACGGCAAGGAGGGUGGGGAUGGAUUUGCCGGAGGAGUUUACGUAUGGUGCGCAGGAUGGGGAGGGGAGUGGGAAGAAGGAGUGA